CUCGUUCCGGAAGAGAAAGCUUCGCUUCCGGAGCACCCGGAACAGGCUCACAGUCCCGGCAACCCGAGAAAAGGCCGGCAGAGAGCAGUGUUGGAGAGCAGAUGGGAUUACCGGCGGCUCUUUGGCGGGAGCCCAGAGGUUCUCAGAUUCAUCAACAAGACAGAAGCUCCAAAAGAGGGAUUUCUUGGUAUAGAGAUUAAGAGGGCAGACUUGGGAGCCAGAUAGCUUGGGCUCAAAUCCUGUCUCUGCCACUUACUUGUGAUGUGACCUUCUUUGGCCAUGUGACUACAUAGUUCAUCUGUAGGUUGUUUGCAUGAAACAUGAUCACUGCUACCGAGGCAUCCUUUUGCUCCUGCUGAGUACUGCCUGCCUGCAUCUUCAGUCUUUGUGUUGAUAGCCACAUUGUUCCACUCUCCAUAAGAUGAAGGACCUCUCAGAUUGUGCUCCUCACCUCAUAAUGAGAAUUAUCAGCAGGCCCGGAUGGAUUCCUAAGCAAUGUGAGCCUGCUCUCCUGCAAAUGUCUUUAAUAAUAAAUGAAGAGAAAGGCAGAAGAUGUGAAAAUGAGAUCCAGAGCCACGAAAGGACUUACUGAAGAUCACUCAUCCCAGGCAGUGAUUGAGGCAUGCUAACAACUUAGGUCUUUUGGACUUGUUCACAUUUCCUUCCAUUAUUGAUAUGUGCAGAAUUUGACUUCUGGGCAUUGGAUGGUGGGCACAGCCAAUUUGUGUCUUGAAUGGAAUAAUGAGGGAAUUAAGAUUCAUUUUCCAUGAGCCACCUCUGAACAUCACCCCUGUGAAGUCCUUUGGUGCCAUUUUGCUGAUGGAAGAAGCUUAAGAUGUUGGCUUGAUACAUUGUUAUGUUUAUCUGAUCUCUGCAAGUAUACAGCUACGUGAGUAAUAAACGGCAGUAUGCAGUUGCAAGUGCUGCCUUUGCUCUGCAUCCCCUGUGUCCUGGUGAUUUCGUAGACCCUUACCCAGGGACCCCAACGCACUAGACGUUGACAAUUGGCACCUGAACAGGGGCCCUGAAGGACGUACAGGAAGGGUGAGUAACUUAAUUAAGUACAGGGUGAUGGGACAAGAAACUUCUACUCCUUAUGUUCGAAUGCUGAAGCAUUCACUUGCUGUCUAUGGUAUUACUGUCGCUUCUAAUGAUAUUGAGCUGUGUUUGAAGGUGGUUCGAGAAUGGAACCCUUGGUUUCCAGAGGAGGGAACUUUAGACAUGGAUAAUUGGCGGCGAGUUCGACAUAAUGUCGAGAAGGCAAUGAGACAGGGAGAAAAAAUUCCCGUGCGGUUUUGGUCUAUUUGGUCAAUUAUUUUUACAGUGCUUAAAGCGAUGGAGGAUGACCGCACGGUCGAAGACUUCCAUAAGGAGAUGGCUCCUUCUAUACAAGACCUCCCUUUAGAUACGGAUGAGAAAAGGGCGGUAGAGAAAGAUACCUUUAAGCUUACACCAUCCCGUGAGCCUAGCGAGUGUGGUAAUGAAGAACCAAAACCGAAAGUAAAGUCGGAUCCCGAGGUGGAGCAUGUAUGGAAGGUUUUUCAGCAGGUUAUGGCUAUGACGGAGGAGUCUAAGAAACCCUCUAGGAAGCCCUCUGCUCCGCCUUUGCCUUCUGUACCAGCUCUUUCUUCUAAAAAUCCUUUCCUUUCUGCUGCUUUAGCUGAGCUUGAUGCGCUAGAGGAUAGCGAUGAUGAGGCUGGCGCAGCUAAUUCUGUCUUUGCUUUUCCUGUUAUUAGGCCUCCCCCGGUCCAGGGAAUGGCACAAGCACCAUAUUAUGAAGGAAUAGGUAUAGAAGAUAUUGGUCGCUUGAAAAAGGCAGUGUCUUUAUAUGGACCUCAAACACAUUAUGUUAAGGAGCUAGUUAAUGGUCUGGCUUGACAUUAUAACAGUUUUUCUCCUGAGGACUGGAGGGUCCUCUGUCGGGCUCUUUUAAAGGAGCCUGAAUAUCUGCAGUGGCAGAUGUGGUUUUCUGAACUUUGUAUGUAUGUACAUGUGGUAAUAGAUACAUAUUCUCAAUUUAUAUGGGCCACAGCACAAAGUGGCGAAACUGCACAACAUGUUAUCACCCAUCUUUUAGAAACUUUUGCUGUGAUGGGUUUACCAUCUAUUAUUAAAACAGAUAAUGGACCUGCAUAUAGCAGUAAAAAAUUUCAAACUUUCUGUAAACAAUAUGGUAUCAUGCAUAAAACAGGCAUUGAGUAUAAUCCUCAAGGGCAAGCUAUUGUAGAACGUGCACAUAAUACCUUAAAGUUACAAAUUAAAAAAUUAAAAAGGAGGAUAAAGGAUCAUAUCUUAGCAUUCACUCAAUCAAAUGCACGUUCUAUUUUGCAACAAGCUCUGUUCACAUUAAAUUUCUUGAAUCUUCCACAGGGAGAUAUCCUCUCCCGUGCAGAGAAACAGUUCAUAGAGGGAGAGGUCGCUCCCCCUCCAUUAAAUGAACAUAUAUGGUUUAAACCAACCGCAGAUGCAGAAUGGCAACCGGGGCUAUUACUUUGCAGAGGGAAGGGUUAUGCUUAUGUCUCCACAGAGGAUGGACGGACCUGUUCCUGGCUUCCCUGCGCGAUGGAUCCAGUCGAGGGCCAAUUCGAAUGGCACUGUAUCCCACCAGACGACAAAUGGGGAAUCCAGACCAAGAUGAACUUCCGUUACAGGCCAUGGCACAUCUGAAUUUGGGAGGACGACGUCGCCGUCGGCAGAUAUUUGCUACUGCUUUGCCGACUUGGGGGCAAAUUAAAAAGCUUAGUGGGGAGGGGCAAAAAAUCCUGCAGCGAACGGGGAAGGCUUGUACGCCUGAAAAUUUAUUUUUGGCUAUGUGUGCCUUGCUUACUGUAUCAGAUGCCGCUACGUUGGCCAAUUUACUUCUUAAGCAACUUGAGGGACUAGAUCCAAAAGGUAUUAUUCAGAGUUUGGGGCACACUGCUGGAGGAAUGGGACUUGUAUUGUUGAUUGUUAUCUUAUGCUUUAUGCUGUUGCAUUUUUGCUAUCUAAAGCCUUCCCAGAAUUCUAUGGCCAUCCUUUGGAGGGCACUUUUAUUAAAACAAAAGAAAAAAGAGGGAAUUGAGAUGGUGUAGGCUUGUAGGCCCCUUGCAGGCCAGGGUCAUUUGAGGACUGCAGUGAGGUUAAGGUCGGCCAGGCAGGCCUAGGCCAGGAGGAGAAAACGUUCUCUUCCCCUUAUCUCAUGUUGCAAGUUCUGGAUCAGCAGGAAGUGGCUCUUGCCUAGCUUAAAGUGUAUCUUUCUAAUCAGAAGUGUUCUUUCUAAAGACAAAGAACAUGUUGUCUCCAAAGGAAGGAUGGCUAAGAGAAUUCUUUAUUCUGCAAGCAUAAACAGGAUGUAUUUUGUUCUUAUUGCAUUUCGUGUAUAUUUCACUUCACAGAUGUUGGCUUGAUACAUUGUUAUGUUUAUCUGAUCUCUGCAAGUAUACAGCUACGUGAGUAAUAAACGGCAGUAUGCAGUUGCAAGUGC